AGAAUAUAGUUGUAUGAUGGCGGUUGAUUUGACUCCACGGUUUCGAAGGUUGAAUAGUCAAACGAGAAGUCUCAGAGAAAAUACACCGAAUGAUUUCUCAAGGCCUUUCGGUGCGACUCAGCUUUGGCAGAACAUCAUCCAUGCCCUGCGGACUCAGGUGGAGGUGCGUCGCCACAGGAAGCACCUCCGUGUUCACACCGAAUGCUUCACCGGCUCGGACGCCGUGGAUGCAGUUCUCAGCUACCUGAUGCAGAACGUGGUGUUCUGCACCAGCGAGGUGUCGCGCCUCAAAGCUGCUCGGCUCUGCCAGGCUCUGAUGGAGGCCAAGGUGUUUGAGUCGGUGGGCACAAAGCUUUUUCGCAGAGACAAAGAGGCGACUUUUGAGGACAGUAGCGGCAGUCUUUAUCGUUUUAUGGAACAGAAGACCAUAAAUGGUCCUGCCAUCAAGGAGGACAGCAGGGAUGCAGAAAACAUUCUUCUAGAUGAACAUGAGACAAAGAGGAAGAAGAUCUCAAGGCUUAAUGAAAUGAGGACCUUCUCCAACCCUCUUGCCGUCGAACCAUCAGACAGGAGAGUCGAGCGGCUUUUCCGGACCAUUAACCUGCAAACGUCCUUCUCCCCUGUUAGGAACAGAGCAGCCUCCGCUUCCAACUUCUUGUCUAAAGCUGUGGUGGAUGAGGUUUGGAAGCAGCAGACCCUCCUGCAGCUGCUGCUGAUCAUAGAGCUGCCAGUGUUGGACUGCAUACUCACCUCUCCUGAAAGGCUUCGGCCUAGAACCUGCAGGGCUCCUCUGGCCAACUGUGACCUGGUUAUCUCUAACACCUGUCUGGAGAGAGACCUCCCUGACUCACUUAGCCUCCUUCAAAUGGAUUCAUGGCUUACAGCGGCAGCAGACUGCCUUGAGCUGUUUCCAGAUCAGCUGAUUAUGGUCACAGGGGAAAAUCUCAGCCAACAAAGUGGUGACAGUGCAGAGCAGAAGAGACUCCUCUUUGACACCAUUUCCAAGUAUUACAACGGACAGGAAAAAGCGCCACUAAUAUCAGGACGCUACCUGGAUAUACAUGUCGCAAUUCUGCAUUUAUUGGAUGAUGGGAAGACGCGGGAAGCCGUCAGAGCGUCUCAGCUGUGUUUGCGGCUGCUGGAGACGAGUGUGAGGGAUGAACUGAGGAGACUCCUGGCCUUCAUGGCUGCUGCUGCUCAGUCGGAGGCUUGUCGGCUGCAGAAGCAGGUUGACAACAGGACUUUUGUCUGCCGCACUUUUCAGAGAGCUCUUGUUCAGAGCCAUGAACUCACUCGACCUCAGAGCGAAACCCUGGUACUGUUUCUCAUGGACCAUCAUGCUGAACUCUUUAAGACUCCUGCAGCACUUAUUGAAGCGGUGAGAAGAGCAUUAAGGACCUUGCAGCAGGGGAAGGACCCAGAUUCAGUUGCUACCUUUACUUUCUGCCAAAGGGUAACCCGGCAGGAGUAUGAAGAUCAGCGGGAAGCCAGCACUCUUGAAAGUCUCAAAGAGCUCCUCUGUCACAUUUCAUCCAACACGAGCAUGGCUGCAAAGGAGAAGAGGAAGCUGCUCAAGGAGUUUGAAAAACAUCACCCAGUGGUCUUCCUCCAGCAUUUUUCUUACUCUUUCUAAAUCAAAUGCUGUCAAAAUUUAAUUUGAUAUGUGAAGAAAAUUGAAUAAUUUUAACCAAAAUUUGCAAAUCAAAGUAAAAAAAA